ACCGUAUAAUAAGGAAUGUAGGUUCAUCUUCGAAAUUCAUAUGAAAUCAAUCAUCAAAAUUUUUUAAAAAUCCGCCUAGUAUUUGAAAUUUACGUUAGUGCGUAUAAUAUCACAUCAAAUUUUGGUAGUCCCCGAAAUACCGGAAACGUCCUUUGGUUCGUUUGCCGCCAAAGCAAGCUGUGUGUUGUGAUGAAAUUGUUUAUCCUUUGAUUCGAGAUUCUUCAUUUUAUAAAAGAUUAAUAAAAUUAUCGGUUAAACAAAGAAGACGAUGGCCAAAGUUCAGCUAGCAAAUGUAGCUGUUCUCGAUAAUCCUUCACCGUUUCUAAAUCCAUUUCAGUUCGAAGUUACUUUUGAAUGUAUCGAAGAACUGAAAGAAGAUUUAGAAUGGAAGAUGAUCUAUGUCGGCAGUGCCGAAUCUGAAGAAUUCGAUCAAGUUUUAGAUACAAUUUAUGUCGGUCCAAUUCCUGAAGGGAGGCAUAUGUUUGUAUUUCAAGCUGAUCCUCCAGACGUCAGUAGAAUUCCAGUUAAUGAUGCAUUAGGUGUUACAGUUGUUUUACUGACUUGUUCAUACAGAGGACAUGAGUUUGUACGUGUUGGGUACUUUAUAAAUAAUGAAUACACAGAUGCAGAACUUAGAGAAAACCCACCGCCACAGCCUCAGUUUGAUAAGGUGCAACGAAAUAUCUUAGGAGAUAAACCACGUGUCACUAGAUUUAAAAUAAAUUGGGAUGAUAGUGCUAGUUCAACAACAAACAAUGUACCAGAAGGCAUGGAUCCACAGAGCCUGGAAGAAACAUCACAAGAUGCCCCAACAUCAACCUUGGGUUUUACAGAAAGCACACACAACAGUAUGGAAGUAAUGUAAAUGUCAAUUUACUGCCAAUGAUGAAUAAGCUAGCACAGACCAUAAUAUGAAGAAUGAAGUAGUGCCUGGAAUAAAGAGUCAAAUGGUUCAUAUAUUUGGAUACCUCAGAGAAAGAAAAAACUUAUGGAAAAUAAUAAAUUUCCGACAGUGUAUGUUAAUUGUUUUUUUUUUUGUUGAAAUAAGCUUAUAGGUUAUAAUAAUAUUGAAAAAUAGAUAAUGCGAUAAUUUAAACUUUAUUUGGGAAUAAUUUUGUUUAUUACUGAGUACUGAUGCAUUAUUAUUUGCAUUGAAACUCAACUAAGAAUUAUUAAUUACAUAUCAUUUGAAAGAACAAAAAUGUGAAUUAAAGAAAACUAAAUAUGCUGAAAAAUGUUUUAAAAUCAAAGCAUAAAACAACAAUAUGUAAUAAUACGUCUUAAAUUAAUAAUUCUGAACUCUGGACACUAACAAAAAAAACAAGGAGAGCUGUUUAUAUUCUAAAACUGAUAUUCUAAAAAUGUUCAAAGCUUUGUGUUUAGUAUUUUAAGUAUUAUAAUAUGGCUUAUUAUUGUAUCGUAAAUCGAUAGAAAUAAGGCUGUUCCCAUUUCAUCAGUGUAUGUACAUAUAUACUAAAAUGAGAAAUACAUAUUAUGUUUUUUACUUCAUUAAAUUUGGUUUUUAAAUAUUUCACCUUCAAUGAUUCCGUGUAUAUACUGUAAAAACCUAAUACUUGUUUACUUGUUGUGGCGUUAAAUAAAUUGAUAAUGAAAAAUAUGUACGAGAUAAGAACCAAACGUGACGUAAAAAACACAUGUAUACGUAAAUAAAUCAACGUCGACACUGACAAUUGUAAUUACUAAAGACGGCCCUUUAAAGUGUUUUAUAAUGUAGGUGACGACGCGUUUGUAUUAGCUUGUCGAAACGUUUUGCAUGUGGUUGAUGGCUCUUAAUGGACAUAAGAGAAUCAUUUAUGAGUUUAAUUUGUUAUAUUAAAAUUUUGAACUGACCAUACAAAA